UGUGCAGAGGCAGAGGGGGGCCGGGGGGGACGCGCGGUCCAGCCGAACAAAGGCCGGGGGGAGGCGUGGAGAAAACCCAGGCGAGCAGCCACCGCCGCCCCCUGUUGUCGCUCGCUCUCUCUCGCUGCAGCCCAGCCGGCUCCUGCAGCCCCAGCGGCUCCGCUCCCCCCCACCACCCCCCGUCGCUGCGCCAGCAUGACCGCCAACGGGACCUCGGCGCCGCUCCAGAUCCAGUUCGGGCUCAUCAACUGCGGCAACAAGUACCUGACCGCGGAGGCCUUCGGCUUCAAGGUGAACGCCUCGGCGCCCAGCAUGAAGAAGAAGCAGAUCUGGACGCUGGAGCAGGACGGCGACGACACCAACGUGGUCUUCCUGAAGAGCCACCUGGGCCGCUACCUGGCGGCCGACAAGGACGGCAACGUGAGCUGCGAUCGGGAGCAGCCGGCCGCCGACUGCCGCUUCGUCAUCCUGGCCCACGACGACGGGCGCUGGUCGCUGCAGUCCGAGCCCCACAAGCGCUACUUCGGCGGCACCGAGGACCGCAUCUCCUGCUUCGCCCAGGCCGUGUCGGCGGCCGAGAAGUGGAGCGUGCACAUCGCCAUGCACCCGCAGGUGAACAUCUACAGCCUCACCAGGAAGCGCUACGCCCACCUGAGCGCCAAGCAGGAGGAGAUGGCGGUGGACCGCGACGUGCCCUGGGGGGUGGACUCCCUCAUCACCCUGGUCUUCCAGGACCAGCGCUACAGCGUCCAGACCUGCGACCACCGCUUCCUCCGCCACGACGGCCGGCUGGUGGAGAAGCCCGAGAAGGGCACCGGCUACACGCUGGAGUUCAGGUCCGGCAAGGUGGCCUUCCGGGACGGCGAGGGACGCUACCUGGCCCCCUCCGGGCCCAGCGGCACCCUCAAGGCCGGCAAGAGCACCAAGGUGGGCAAGGACGAGCUCUUCGUGCUGGAGCAGAGCUGCCCCCAGGUGGUCCUGAGAGCCGGCAACGAGAGGAACGUGUCCACCAGGCAAGGGAUGGACCUUUCAGCCAAUCAGGAUGAGGAGAGUGACCAAGAAACCUUCCAGCUGGAGAUUAACAAGGACACCAAGAAGUGUGCCUUCAGGACCUAUACUGGGAAAUACUGGACCCUCACCUCCAAUGGUGGGAUACAGUCUACUGCCUCGACAAAGAACGCCAGCUGCUACUUCGACAUCGAAUGGUGCGACAAGCGCAUCACCCUGAAGGCUGCGAAUGGCAAGUAUGUCACGGCGAAGAAGAAUGGACAGCUUGCAGCCACUGUUGAGGCAGCAGGUGAGACAGAACACUUUCUGAUGAAGCUGAUUAACAGGCCAAUCAUUGUCCUUCGUGGGGAACACGGCUUCAUUGGCUGCCGCAAGGUGACAGGGACCCUGGACUGCAAUCGUUCCUCCUACGAUGUCUUUCAACUGGAGUUCAAUGAUGGUGCCUACAAUAUCAAAGAUUCCACUGGGAAAUACUGGAUGGUGGGAAGCGAGUCCUCUGUCACCAGCAGCAGCAAUACGCCUGUGGACUUCUUCUUCGAGUUCUGCGACUAUAACAAAGUGGCUAUCAAAACCAACGGCAAAUACCUGAAGGGUGACCAUGCUGGUGUCCUCAAGGCUUCCACUGAUGCAAUCGACCCCUCCACCCUCUGGGAAUAUUAAAAUGCACUUUAGCUCUCCCCCUUGCCAAUUUUUUUGGUUUUUUUUUUUGUUUGGUUUCUCUCUCUGUAAAAGGAUUUUCAGACUGGCUUGCUGCUCCCUCCUGCCAUAGAAUCCAAUGCAAUUUGUUGGAGGUUGGUCUUCCUUAUCUCUUAAAACUGGAUAAUGACCUAGGGAAAAUGCAACCUGUGUUUAUAGAGCUAGUGGUGUCUUUCCUUGGGUUUAUGUUGGGCUUGGAAAUUGUAGUUGCCAUCCUCCACCCUGGCUCUGAGCAUCACCUUUGUCCUCUUCCUCUAAAACUAAAGGGAAUAAGAUCACCUCUGCUCUCUUGUGCCAUAUUGGAGUGCUGGCACCAUAUCUCAAUCUCCACUGCCAAUGCCUGUGCUGCUGUCAAGCAAGGGCUAGCUUGAACAAAGCUGGAGAAUCUGAGUGCCAGCGUCCCCCACUCCUGGUAUUUGCUCAGACCAAGGGAGGUGAGAUGGGUUAUGUUAAAUCCCUGUCUCUGAUUAAACGUGCUCUCCAUAGUUUCCCAGCACUGGGGAAGAAACUCUCUCCUUCUCCCCACUUGGCUUAUGGAUAAAUACCUUCAGUCCCUAGUGGGGGGGCAGAAGAGGUGUUCUAGCAUAUCAUACCCAGCCCAUCAAGGGGCUGGUUUCAGCCAGCAAAACAGAACUCGGCUGCAGGACUAGCAAGCUUAACUCUCAGAACUGGAAAGACGUGCAGGGGGUUCACCUAGAAACUCUAAGGCCAGUCAGUCUAAAGGCUUCAGACUCCCGAGCAGGUUCUAGCCCAUCUUACUGAGAUAUUCAGCUGACAGGCUAAUGAAGCUGCCUUAGUGCUAAUCCUAGACUUUUGGAAGAGGACAGGCUUUUUUUGAAUAUCAACAGAUGCUGUGGGUGGACCCAUUGAGCGAAAUUAGUAGCAACCCUCUGAUUUGCCUCUCUGUGCCCAACUGGGGAAGAUUUCCUCUCCAAAAAACUUCUCCCUGCCAGCCAGGCUGGGAAUUUGAUUUCCCGGUGGCUGUUUAAAAGGAGUAGUGGAAUUUGAACAGGGUGGGCAUACCUGCCUAUUGGUUAGCCAGGGUUGGGUCUUACAAGGGCUCUGAACACCCUCCUCUCCCAGUGUCUUCAGGAGGAGUUGAGUGAGCCUGGCACACAGCAGGACUGUGCCCCACCAGCUGCUGUAUCUCAGUGGGUUUUUUGCCCAACAACCAAGUCUUCUGGGCUACAGGAGAAUUGGGAGGAGAGGAGCAGUAUAAACGGGCUGACAUUUCUCAUUCCCUGGACAGUGGCUGGAAGCAAAAAUAGAUCUCAGUUUAGAAUGGAAAACUUAUUAGCAUCUUUUGCACAGUGGUAUUUGUUCAGUUCUUAUCUCAUACCCUACUGGAAUCUUCAUCCUCACCACAGAAUGGUGAGGUGGCAAAGUGUAAAAUGCCUAUUUCUCAUGUCCUCUCCCCACUGGGGUGGCAGAGAGGAGAACAACUAGUCAGUGUCUGACCCAAGUGCCAACUCUGCAUUGAUGGCAUGAAAACUUAGCAACAUUACUGGAAGCGGAAAGGACCAAAACAGUAUUUUAAUGUCUAUUUAUAUAUGCUCUCCAUAGCACUAUUAUCAGCUGUUGUCUGCAUUAGUUAUAACAAUGUGUGCAUUUGUAAUAGGUGAUGCUAGCCCUCUCUUCAGGGUAUCAGUAGGCACUUUGCCCUUUGAGGCCUUCCCAAGGGUGGAGUUCUACUCCCUGUGACCACCCAAAUAGCCUAUCUGUACUUGGUCAACCCGAUGUCCCAGUUUGAGCCUGUACCGAUUUUGGGGGUGGGAGGACAGGUAGGUGGAUGUAUUCCAGAGAUAAGGUGCUGCAUCACAGGCAUAGGUUGUGUUCCAGUAGCUGGCUCCCAUGGGUCAGUCCACAUCUCCAUGCCUUGCUAAGCUAUAAACCAUGCAUGGUGCUUGUGGCUUCACAUCUGUGCCAAAACAAAUGGCUGCUACCAGUGGCCAAAGGCAAGGUAGGGGGAGGGGUUCAUAAGCCUUAAAGCCAUGUUGCCAUUAUGUGGGUUCUUGCCAUAGGAGCUUGGUGCUAAACUUUCUGAAUAGAGAGCAACUGGCACCCCUAAUCUGAGUGGGGAUGAAAUGGGCUCCCUAUCAUCUCUGCUCCUAUUGUGAUGUCAGGACUCUACCUCUGGGUUCAUCUGCCUUCUUUCAAAUUCAGGGGUGAUGGUCUAUCAGUCUUUUAAGUGUUUUAAACCACAAUCAACUCUAGGGACAAAGAUGCCUCUAAAGAAACAAGUGGCCUGCUGAAAUCCUGAACAAUCCUGUGACUUGGCACAUACUGCUUGCUGGCUUUUGCAUCCACUGUGGCCCUCUUCCCACUCGUAGCUGCAAUUUGAACCAUGUAACUCCUGCUCUGGCUUCUUCCAUGUGACAAUAGGUCAAGAAUUUUUCAGUCUCCUUUAUCGGGUGUCGUGGCUUUGAAAACAUCUCACUCUGAAAUUUUGUUAAUGGUUUUUUUUUAUUUUUUUGGUAAGUGCCAUUUGUAUAACUUAAAUAGCUUCAAGUGGAGAAAGACAAAUAAAAACCUGCAUUUGGAAAUGA